CUGGAGCCCUCUUCUCCCACGGGACAGGAUUGCUUCCAGGGAAGAGAUGAGGAUGCUUGCCCCAAGACCAGCAUGGAAAGGACCAGCUGGACCUUUCCCCAUUGAUAUUUUCAUGUCAGGUCUUUGCAGGGUGAACCAGUGGUGUUUUAUUGUUCUGGGGAGUGGAAAACAAAGGAAAGUUCUUCCUCUGGGGUUUUUUUGGUCUUCCUCAGCUUGGACACCAUCUCUCCUGUUGGAUCAGUAGUUUGAUGCCCGGUGGGUUGAUGCUGGCUGCUUGGCAAGUCUGCUCUCAUCUCUUGGUGAGAUGAGCUGAAGAAAGUCUUGUGGUGGAACUUUUUGGGAAACUCUGCUGAAUUUCCCCGUCUUUUCUGCUGGGCUCUCCCUCUGGAUGCUCCUGGAGGCAGGUGAUGGAUUGCCCAGGCUUUGCCAGCUGUCUCUGCCAAGGGUGUCCUUGGGACAGGCACCCCAGGCAGGGCAGAACCUGGGAUCUGUGGUAGAACUGAUGGUUUAGGUGUCCUCUUCCUACUCUGGUGCCUAACGAUGUGUCCAACGUUUAAUGAGCUCCUCGUGUUGCUAUAAGCUGUAGGAUGGGAUCAGCAUGCUUUGCUGGGCUCUCCCUGACCCCUGUCCCUGUCUGCAUCAUUAGAGGGCUGCUUGCUCAUCCAGCUUCAGGCAGGGAGUUAACAGCAGCUGCUCCAGCAAGGCACCAAAUUCUGAGGAAUAAUGCCUCUGCAAAUGUAAAUAUAAAAGGAGGAGCUGUCUGUGGAUACUGAUUUUAAGGGAUGUCCACUAUGGAGAUCUGCAAGUAGGGUGUGUUCCACAUGUGGGAUUGGAGAAUCUUCCUGGAGGGAAAACAUCCAUUUGGAACUCUGGAGCAGCUGUACUCAUGUCCACAAGCCUGUGUUUUAAUAGCUUGUGUCAUCCCCAUUCUUGCAACCAGCAUCAGAGGUGGAUGCCAGGCUGUGGGAUGUGGGAAUGCUGAGACCAGUGCCUUCCCCAUGCCUGUGUUCAGGGGUUUUCAGCUGGCAGCAAUCCUCAGGUUGAAUCCUGCUAAUUAAUUAUUUGGCAAUAUCUCUAAAUCCCAUGUAUUCUGUUGCUUAUUCUCUUUGAUGAAGUGAUGGUCCCAUUGCUUUAGCUUCGAAUAUUCCAGAGCUGAUGCAGGCUGGCAGCAUGGAAUCUGCUUCUCCACAGCUUUCCCUAUUGUGAUUUUUUUUUUUUAAGAUUUAUUUUAUGUUAUUUUUUCCCCUUACAUUUUUUUCCUCUGGAGGUUGCUUGAUGGCUAUGUAAGGAGCAGGGAUGUGGUCCUGUUCCUGCAGAGGUUGGCAUCCUGGAUUCACUGGGAUCCCUUUGGGAUCUCACCCUGCUUUACCCAUUCCAGGCUGGGACCCCCCCAUAGUGGCCCCCAGGGACAUGAGUGGUUUUGGUUUUGCAGUGAGGAAAGGAAAUUAUUUGAUGCUUUCAUGCUGCUCGUUGCAACUUCUGGUUCUCUUUUUUUUUUUUUUUCGUGUUUCUUAAGUUCCUGUCACUUUGCUUUCACACUUCUCUGUCCUCCAGCUGUAAUCCUCAUAUUUAUUGAGCUUUUUCUAGGAAAACCCUGUGUCUUCUUGGGAGGGAAGAGGAAAAAAACCCAGUACUUGGUAAUCUCUUGCUUUUCCAGCUGCUGACCCCUUGCAUGUGACUGGGGUUGGGCUGGAAAGCUUCCUUGGAGGAAGGAGAAAGACAUUUGGCAGUCAGGGAACGGAAAAACCAAAGGAGCCGCUCUCCAUCCCUGUUGUCCUUCGGACUGGCAGAUGCUCGCAGCGGUCUCGGGCUGCGGCUGCUCUCCAGGAUGUGUUUUGCCGUCUGCCGGAGCCCCCGGAGCCGCGGCCGCUGCUCCCGGCCCCGGCGAGGCGCGGAGGGGCCCGGGCUGGGCACGGCCCCGCCGGGAGAGGGGCAGGGCUGCGGCCAGCGCUGCUCCGGGGCUCGUGGUGCGGGAUGGGGCCGAAGCGGCGAUCUGGGGGAGCGGGACGGGGCAGGAGCACGGCGGGGCUGGAGUCUGCCCCUCCCACGUGGAUCUGCCCUGUGUGAAUUGCUCUGCCGGGAUGCCCAGCGAAGGGGAAGAGAGGACGGCCGCGUAGAUCCCGCCGAGCUCCCGCCUGCUCCGCCUGGAUCAAGAGGACGGGCCGUGACCAGCCACGAUGAGAGCUCUGGCCCCCGCCUGAUCCCUUUCCUGCUGAUAAAAAUGAUCAACAAGUCUCGAGGGAAGAUACUCGGGGUGCUGGCGCUGUUUCUGGUGAUGGUUUGGUACUCAAUCUACCGGGAAGACAGGUACACACAGCUCUUUUAUUUCCCUGUGCAAGAAAACAACAAGACAAUGUGUCCCCUUGGGGAGGUGGAAAAGAAAGCGGCGCAGCUCAUCGGGAACUACACGAGGGACCACCCACUGUUCUUGCAGCUGAAGGACUAUUUUUGGGUGAAGACGCCGUCGCUCUACGAGCUGCCCUACGGCACCAAGGGAAGUGAAGACGUCCUGCUGCGCCUGCUGUCCAUCACCCACUACUCCCUGCCCGAGAGCAUCCAGAGCCUCAAGUGCAGGAGGUGUGCCGUGGUGGGCAACGGCCACCGGCUCCGCAACAGCUCCAUGGGGGACACCAUCAACACCUAUGACGUCGUGAUCAGGCUGAACAACGCCCCGGUCCAUGGUUAUGAGCAGGAUGUGGGCUCCAAGACCACCAUGCGCCUCUUCUACCCGGAGUCAGCCCACUUCGACCCCCAGACCGAGAACAACCCCGACACGCUGCUGGUGCUCGUGCCCUUCAAGCCCAUGGACGUCCAGUGGAUGGAGGCCAUCCUUAACGACAAGAAGAGGGUUCGGAAAGGGUUUUGGAAACAGCCCCCAUUGAUCUGGGAUGCCAACCCGGAGCAAGUGCGCAUCCUCAAUCCCUACUACAUGGAAGUAACUGCUGCUAAACUGCUCAACCUCCCCAUGAAGCAACCACGGAAGGUCAAACAGAAGCCCACCACAGGGCUGCUGGCCAUCACCUUGGCACUGCACUUCUGUGACCUGGUGCACAUCGCGGGUUUUGGCUACCCCGAUUCGGCCAACAAGAAGCAGACCAUCCACUACUACGAACAGAUCACACUCAAAUCCAUGGCCGCAUCGGAGCACAACGUGUCACACGAGGCCGUGGCCAUCAAGCGGAUGCUGGAGCUGGGACUCGUCAGGAACCUCACCUACUUCUGAGGGUGGCAGGGCUGCGCAGGGACACCAUCCCGCUCAGCGAGGGGACACCGUCCCGUGCAGUGAGGGGACACUGCGCUGGCAGGGCCGGAGUGACCAAGGGCAGAGCAUCGUUGUCACCGCUGCCACCACGGCCUGGGACUCCUGGAGCAGGGCUGGGGCUGGGGCCGCGCUGGCCCGCGGGUACCCAGGGUGGGGCAGCUCUCGGGGUGCAGGGAGCCCGGCGGGGCCGUGGCCCAGUGCCUUUUCUACUGACGCACUGAAGCGACCGAGGACUUGGAGGGGGUUUUUGGGGUAGGGGGUCCUCCCUCCCAGCGGGCCUGAGGGGGUGAGCCAGGGCAGGAGCCGUGCCCUGGACAUUCUCUUUCCCUUAAUUCCCUCCUACACUGACGAGGGCCCUGCUGAGGGGCUGAUUUUGGGGUCCUGGCCCCUCCCCACCCAGGGAAUGGGAGCCUUUGGAGGCUAAUGUUGCCUCCUCCCUGCCCUGGACCUCCCCCCAAAUAUUUAAUUCCUUCCCUUUUUUUUUAAUUUCCUUUUUUACUUGGUGGCCCUGUCCUGUGCCUUAGCGCUGGCGUAGGGACUCCUCCCCACAGCCCCCCUGGGUGGGGGCACCCUGGGGUGCUUGGCUUCGAGGUCUGCCAGGGCCCUUUGGUGGUGCAGAUUAAUUUAAUUAAUUUAAAUGCUUAUUUAUGGUGGAGCCUUCACCCAGGGCCUGCAUGCUACUGGUGUCAGGGACGAGGGGCCUUGGGUGGGCUGGUGUGUGCUUGGCUCCAGGAGUGGCCAUUUGGGAUGUCCCCCCACCAUGGAGGGGUUGACCUGGUGCCUUCUCCCUGCUGGUGUAGGGUCCCCUCUGCCCCCGUGGGGCUGCAGGUGUUGGGGGGACCCAUGGAUGGGGGUGUUGGGGCUCAUGCUGGCACCCAAUAAAGUCCUGGUGAGGCUGG